ACCUCAGAGUGCCAGUGCGUGGACCCUCCGCCACCCACCUUGGCCUUCUGACAUUUUCUUUUGACCUCUUUCCAAGGGCCUCCUGUGACCCUCGUGACCUCCGUUGUGGGUGUGAGAGGGCGGCGUUGGUGUGAGUGAGGAGACGCCCCCUGGCCAAGGUGUGGGAUGUUGCAGUGUUAUAGUGAAGGAAAGCUAAUUGAGAGAGAAGCGAAAGUGCAGCGUUAAUAUUGCGUCCCUGACUCCAGCCGCGUCGCUCAACAAGGGUCAAGCAAGUCUUCAGGAGUCACUCACUGUUCCCGGGUACUAUCGACCACGCAGGCCAGGGCGAGGAGGUGAGGCUGUGAAGCGACGUGACGGACGCAGGAAGUGAGCUCAGCUCCCGGGUGCCGCCGAGGCUGCAGCUGCCGCCCUGACCCACCACUACCAGUUCCCAGCCUGCUGCAGCAUCUACUUUAUCGUGUAAUCCUGCCGGCCGGCGACCCGCUGCUGGCGGCUGAGUGGAGCCCGGAGAGGCAAGGAGAAGCCAGGAGGCAGCCGGCGUCCCGGCACACAGUGAGACUCUGAUCAAAACCAACACCAGUGACCAGGAAGUUGGGCAUCGGCCACACGCCUCCACCUGGAGCACCAACUUCUCCCAGAUGGCUGCCUGUCCCACCCCCAUGCCACAGCUCUCCUUCAGUGCUGCUCCGUCGUCCUUAUCGCCAGCUCUCAGGACGCGGCUACUGUGUCAUAGUGAAGAUUACUGCUGCAGACGAUGGAAAUAGAAGGCGUGCAGCAGUCACAGCCUUCGCUUCGUCGUGCUGCUACUACUGCUGUUGCAGUUACUGCUGCUGCUGUUGCUGCUGCUACUACUGCCGCUGCCACUGCUGCUGAGACUUUUCUUGCUCGUGGCGCUGCUGCUGCUUCCUGUGGCGGUGGUUGGGGGGAGGCCGCUGUGUGGUGCUAGUAAAGAAACAGAACAGUGUCCCUCUGCCACCACUGGGGCAGCACCGCGUCAGGGGCUGACGAAGAGAAAUAGUAGAUCAAUGUGCCUUUGGGACGCCGUGGUCGGGCCAUGAUGUGUUGAUACAGCCGCUGGCAACUCACUCCCUAAAUAAGCCCAGACUGUCGCGUAAUACCUUUACACCUGAACCUAUUAAAUACUCCAGACAGAAAAUGACAGUCACUCGCUCGGCAGGACUUAGGUUUUGAUACGACGAGUAGCACCAGAGUAGACCACUUCGGUAGUCCGUGUUUUAUACCGAUACUUUGUAACGUUUUUUUGUGGUGGUGUGCGUAUCGUGGACAUCCGCGGCGCCACGACCAUCCUGGGCUGUGUGUGUGUGUGCGUGUGUGUGCGUGCGUGUGCGCUUGUGUGUGCGUGUGUGAGGCCACUCCGGCCAUGGUGUCACGCGUCAGUCCCGCCCCGGCUCGUCUGCUCGCCGCCGCACCUCACCUGCUCAAUACUGAUGACUAGUUAAUGUUGACGAGCUUAUCAGGAGGCGGUGGACGUGGCUAAGAGGAAGGAGGAAGGACACAACACCCUGCCGCCCUGCCGCCGCCACGACACUAACGCCACUAAUCCAUCAUUCUGACAAUCCUGUUAUAUUUUUUUUAUUCAUUAUUGUUGUUUGUCGGUCUGACAUUAGCAGGAAGACUUGAUCCUCGUUAUCUCCAAGGAAGUAGUGACAAAAAUUUUGUACAUACAAGUAGCUGGCUGCCUGUUGAAGCACUAGUGUUUACAUUUUCUAAGUAUUCUAGUGUAGCGUUUUGUAAUUGUCGGGCCGUGUCCUCAAGGCCCGCCCUCCCGCUCACAACAGUGUGAUCAAAACCUGGCCUGUCACCCAAUACACUUAGGGCAAGACUGCUGUGACGUGUGGAGCUUCCUGGACCAUGAUUGGCUGACGUUUGGUGCUCACUUUAUUGGCUCAUAAUACUUGUCAUCGACCACUUGGAGUGCUCACUUGUCACGGUCGUUCUCCAGGUUGUUACCUUCUCGUGAUCCGGGUCGUGGCUGGUCAGGUCUUUGUUUGGUAGUGUUAACCUGACGAGUCUUUAGUUCCUUACUGUCAAGUCCUCAAUUGUUUGUACUCACCUGUUCCGUGUUAGAGUUGCUCGUUGUUUUCAUCUUUUUACUUGUCGUUCUGGUGACGUGUUGUUGUUGCCAGUUGUCCUCGUGCGACAAGUUGAGGUGCUAUUCCACACAACAAGUUUCUCGGCCCCAGUCGCUCCUCCACCAGCUCAAGCUUUAUAAUUAAUUGCCAGAGGAGAGGCGGAGGCUGGGAGUUGUUUGUGUCUGCUCACCGACACAAAUUGCUGCUCACCUGUUGAAGGAGCGGCGGCACUGCAUCAGGGAAGUGAGUGAGGGACUGGUGCUCUUAGCAAGUUGAAUUAUCCCCUUCAGGAGGCAACACUCUGCCGCCAGGAUGAGCCAGCCACCGGCCAAUCCUCCGCGCCGGGCUGUUCCGAAGGUGUUCCGUCGCCAAAAUAGCUUCUCCGGGUUCCCCAGCGCUUCGCUCACCAUCUUCAACAGUAAUGCCGCCAACAACAACGCCGCCGCUAACAAUAACAAUAACAAUGCAAGGUACUCGAGUAAGCCAAUGUCCCAAGCCAUCACCACCACCAAUACCAUCGCCGCUGGCACCGCCACCGCCACAGUCAUCAUAAGCGGGGCCACAGGGACAGUGCCAGUCUCCGUCCCAGCCUCAGCCAUCUCGUGUUGCCCAGCCGUCUCUGGGGGCUCCACGGUCCUCUCUGCAUCACUUGCUGGCUCAACGCCUCCCAUGUUGUCCGUCUACCAGCCAACCCCCGCCGCCAACCGGCCUCCCACGGGCUUCUACUCCCUCCCAAGACACAAUCGCCCCGGCCACCUCAGCAGGGCAAUGGGUGUGGGCUUCCACUUGCUGGCCAGGACAACACCCGCCGGAGCUUCGGGCCCCACGGCGGCAGAGCAGUUGGGUAUCAACGCCCCUUCCCUCCCGAAGGCACAUCGCAGGAACCUGAGUGAAGGCAACACUGCCAACACACUCUCGCCACUCCCGGCGACGUACGGUUCUCUGAAUCGAACCAAGCCCUCGAGCAGAGACACCUCAGCGUCGGGAAGCUCGUCUGGCAGUGGGGAAAUAAAACUCAAGUCCUCCAGCAAGCGCAGCAGUAGAGAUGGGGAAAGCAAGUCUCGGCGCAGAGACACAGACUACCAAUCCUUGCCCAGACGGCCUAAAGACUCAAAGAAGUCAAAAGACGGUGACUCAAAGAACCACAGUACCUCGAAGCGUUACGAACCCGAGCCUAAGUUUCGAUCCCUUCCUAGACGCCACGAUGGGGAGCUUCGGUACAGCGCCCCUCCAAAGAAGAGUGAGGGUGAUCCUAAGUACCAGUCGCUACCCAAGAGGCACAGCUCGGAGCCACGUUACCAAACCUUCCCCAAGCGACGUGACGCGGACUCCUCCUGUAGCCAUCACCCUCCCUCCCCAAAGAGGCGAGGCACUGAGCCACUACAACCACUGGGGUCACCGAAGAGGCGAGAGACAGUACCUGGUGGCGUUCCCUCCUCUCCUAAGCGGCGGGAUAUGGGCAUGUUACAGCACCCUCAGUCCCCAAAGAGAAGGGAUUCCGACACAAGCCAUCACCUCACCUCCUCUCCCAAGCGCCGCACGUCAGAGCCCAAAUACCAGCCCCUGCCGCCUCCCAAGAAGUACGACAUUGACCCUAAAUAUGAAAUGCUACCCAUAAAACGACCUGAGGUAGACAUCAAGUAUCAGACAGUCCCUCAGAAGAGACACGAUCCCGAAGCUCGAAGGUACCAAGAACUUCCUCCCAGAACCUAUGACUUAGAGCCUAAAUACCAAGCGCUUCCCCCAAAACCUUACGAUUUUGAUCCCCGCUACCACCCUCUGCCACCACCCAGGUAUGAGGUGGAGCCGAGAUACCAGACCAUUCCCCCGAAGAGACGAGACCAGGAAUUUGGGUACCCGCCGCUCCCACCUAAGAAGUUUGGCGUGGACUUACGGUACCAACCAUUACCACCACCACGUCACGACCCGGGGCCGAGAUACCAGACAAUCCCACCAAAGAGACACGACCACGAGCACAGGUACCACUACAUGCACCACUCCAGGCCGGACAUUGAGCCUAAUCAACAGCAGUUCCCUCCAAGAAGGCCUGAUUUAGACCCAAAAUACCAGCAGCUUCCCCUGAGAAGGCCCGACUUUGAUCCCAGAUACCAGUUCAUCCCAAGGCGACCUGAUAUAGAGCCACGAGAGCCACCAAUGCUUUCAAGACCCGACAUAGAACCGAGGUACCAACAAUUGCCCCCGAGAAGGCCUGAUAUUGAACCAAGGUACCACCACCCACAACCUGGACGACCUGAUAUAGAGCCGAGGUACCACCACCACCACCACCAAGGACGACCAGACAUAGAACCAAGGUACCAGCAAUUACCACGACCUGAUAUUGAACCGAAGUACCAGCCAUUGCCGCCACGACCUGAUAUUGAACCAAGGUACGCUCAGUUACCACCCAGACGACCAGACAUUGAACCGAGCUACCAACCCUUGCCACCACGACCUGAUAUUGAACCGAAGUACCAGCAACUACCUCCCAGAAGACCCGAUGUAGAGCCAAAACACCAACCCAUUUCAAUGAGGCCAGAUAUUGAGCCCAAGUACCCGCAGCCCGUCUCCAGACCACACGAGAUGGACCAGAAGUACCAGCCACUCCAGCCACUUUCAGUCAGACCAGAUAUUGAGCCCAAAUAUCAGCAGUUCCCUCCCAGAAUACCAGACAUUGAGCCCAAGUACCAAACUCUUCCCGCCAGACCUCCAGACCUCGAGCCCAAAUAUCAGCCCCUGCCUCCACGAAUACCUGAUAUUGAUCCACCAAAGUAUCAAACUCUCCCGCCAAGACCACUCGAUUUAGACCCCAAAUAUCAGCCGCUCCCUCACCGAGAGCCUGAUCUUGAACCCAAAUACCAGCCCCUCCCUCCCAGCCUCCCUGAUAUCGAGUCUAAGUAUCAGCCGCUGCCGCCUAGAAUUCCUGAUAUAGACCCACCCAAGUACCAGGUUCUGCCACCAAGAGGACCUGACAUCGAACCCAAGUAUCAGCCCUUCCCACCGAGGAUUCCCGAUAUUGAACACAAGCAUCAGCCUCUUCCGCCUCGCCGUCUCGAGGGUGACUUCCCACCUCCCGUGCGCCCCGAGUGUGAGCACAAGUUCCACCCCCAGCCCCCGAUGUUUGACUACGAAUUCAAGCCCAUCCCGACCAUCAAGCCCAACUACGACCGCCCCUACCAGAUUCCCAUCCCCCUGAGGCAGCCCGAUGGCGACGCCCACCCGCAUCCUCCCGUUAGUGUAGAUAGCCAUGCCCCUCUUAAGAUUCAGCCACAGCCAAUCAAGCCCUCAGGCCCCCAAGGCGUGCCCCCUGUCGCUCCCCCAGUGACCUCCCAGCCCACACGCACCGGCGAGCACCAUCACCACCACCACCACCAUCACCACCAUCACCACCAUCCGCCACCACCACAGCAAGCACAGAAGGUGCACCAAGGCGAGCCAUUGUACGGAGCUCAGCGGCCCAAGACCCAAGGUGGCCUGCCGCUGUACGAAACCAUCCCCGCCAAGCUGCCCGUCACUGAGCCCGUCCCUGCUAAGGUGCCGGGCGUCAUCCCUCUGUACGAGGGCAUCCCGCCCAGGAUCUCCUUGCCUGAGCCUGUGUACCAGUCCAUUCCGCCACAGGUGAGUGAGGGGGAGCCUGUGCACCAGGCCAUCCCGCCCCCUAUGUCCCCUCUCAAGGCGGACGAGGCCGAGCCGCUGUACCAGGCCUCCCCACCCAAACCUAUACCCAUCGAGCCCCUGUACCAGUCGUCGCCAGAUGCCCUGGAGUGUGACCCGGUGUACCAGGCGGUGACGCCGCAAAUGAUACAGGAUGUCAAAUCUAACUAUCAGCUGCUGCAGCAGAGGAAGGCAGAGCAGGAUGCAAGGAAGCUGGAGCAGGAAGCCAAAGGCAUCACGGGGCCCAAGCGGCCAACCAAAGGUGACAAAUAUCACUCGCCAACCAAACGCACCUUCAGGGAGCGAGACAACGAGACUAAGGCUCAGCAGGCAGCCAAAAAAGCCUCGAAAGGAGAACCUAAAUAUCAGGCUGUCUCUAAGAAAAAGGAUAAGGAUAAGGAAAAAGAGAAAGAAAAAGAAAAGGAUAAGGAUAAAGAUAAGGAAAAGGAAAAAGAGAAAGAUAAGGAGAAUGAGAAGCCUCUUCCUCAGCCCAGACGCUCCCUGGCACGCCGCGACCCGCCCGCCCCACCACAGUUCCGCUGGACGCCAGGCGACGAUGACGGCAUCUACUCGAGCCUCGAGUACCCGAGCGAGGGACCCCGCAGCGGCGGCCCCAGCGAGGACGAGAUCUACUCCAGCCUCACCACCACCGACGACCCUGUCUAUCAGAGCGUGAGCGAGGCGUCCUACUCCAGGCCAGUCCCGCCCUUGCCGGCACCGCUGCGGUACAGGCGACGUGCCGACGACGCCCCGCCGCCUCUUCCUCCCCCACGUCUCACCACGGGACCAGUGGGUUCUCACAAUCCUCUUGUGUCUCCCAGCACCCCACCCAUCGUCCCUGUCCGAACCCAGCGCGCCUCAGGGGCGGGCCACAGGGCUUCCUAUCCUGGGGACAGCAGUACAAGUCCAAGCCCUGAAAACCUCCUAACACAAUCGGCGCCCUCGUGGCCGCAGCGCGGUAAGCGAUCUGACAACGAUGAAAUUUAUUCUUCCAUCCCGUCACUCAUCAGUUCCACGCCCGAGUCUCCCCCUGCCACUCUCCCGCGAGCCGCCCAGGCAGGCCGCGUCGCGCCCUCGGCCUCGUGGAACUCGCUGGGGUCAUCCUGCAGGUCCUCCUGGGACUCCCUGGGUUCCUCCUCGAGGUCUGAGGGCAGCAGCGCGCGGCAGCGACGGCGGCGCGCACGGUCUGACCCCCGGAUGGACGCGGGCGUGUUGCACCGCCUGGCCUUCACCAUCUGGCACACCGCCUUGCACAUCGAGAAAGAGAACAAUAAUGAAGCCGUGACGUCACACAAACAACCAACGAUAAGCAGUAGAAACACACAGUCCGCGGCGAGGCUGAACCGCGUGAUGGUGGGCGGCGAGGGGGGCGGCGGGGGCGGGAGCGGCUCAAGAAUGGACGUGGUGUAUGUCACUGAGCGUAUCAUCUCCCUCGCCUUCCCCCCAACCCUCGACGAUGCCACCUACACCCUUCAUCUGCGCGAGGUUGCCCACAUGCUCUCUUCCAAGCACGGAGACAACUUCAAGGUGUUCAAUCUGUCCGGCCAGGGGGAGGUGAGCCACUUCCUGCCGCGUGUGCUGGAGCUGGGAUGGCCUGACCAGCUGGCCCCCGCCCUGGAGCGCCUUUGUUCCAUCUGCAAGGCCCUCGACUCCUGGAUCACGCAGCACCAACACGUCGCCGUCCUCCACGCCAGGGGCGGCUACGAGAAACUGGGCGUUGUGGUGGCGGCCUACAUGCACUACAGCAACAUCUGCGCCUCCACGGACCAGGCGCUCGACCGCUACGCCAUGAAACGCUUCUUUGACGACAAGAUUGGCCAGCUGUACCACCCCUCACAGAAAAGGUACGUGCACUACUUCGCGGGGCUGCUGUCCGGGGUGAUCCGCAUCAACUCUAGUCCUCUCUACCUGAACACUCUCAUUCUGGACGGCAUCCCACACUUCGAACCACGCGGAGGCUGCCAUCUCUUCAUCAAGAUUUACCAGGGAAUGACGCCCAUUUACACCUCGGGCAUCUACAACCUGACGGAGACGAUGAGGCAGGUGACGCUGGUGUUCGAGAUGGGUGUGCAGCUGCGGGGCGACAUUCUGCUGAAGGCCUACCACCGCCGUCUCAUGCCUGCCUCCAGGGAAGUGAUCUUCAGGAUGCAGUUCCACACUUGCACUGUCUCUGAAAAGGUGCUCUCCUUUACACGGAAUGACCUGGACGACGCUUGCAACGACAUGAGGUUCCCCUUGGAUGGCAGCGUGGAGCUACACUUCACUCACUCCCCCGAGGACAGGCCACGCUCGGUGUCCAAUGUGUCCUGCGAUAAGUCCCCCUGUGCCAUCGCCUCCUGGGACUCUUACGAAAACAUCAACUUCACAAUGGAACAAGUGGACGAGCAAGGCGUGGCGAGUGUGAGCGGAGUGAGCCACACUCUGGGGCCCCUGGACGGCUCCCUGUACGCGACGGUCACCAAGAAGCGUCAGCCACCCCCGCCAGCAUCGCCACAUUCGCCGGUGUCUCCACAAGCCCCCGCCGCCCACACGCCCUCGCCUCACGGGCUCGUCAACGGUCGCUACGCCGCCUCGAUAGACUCCGGAAUCGCCUCCAGCAACUCAGCGGGCGCGGCGCCCGUGUCCCCGCCAACCUCAGACACUUCCCAGACGUCCGGAGAAUCCCGAGCCACGGCGGCGGCGGUGGCGACGGGGCGGGUGGGGCCCACAGGGGCCCCACCCCUGGUGGACGCCCGUCAGCUGGACGAGCUCCUGCAGGGGAUGCUGCUGGACAUCCAGAGCAUCCCGGAUCUGCGGCCCAGCCAGACGCCUGCCCCAGACAUUGACUCCAUCAAGUGUCCAGACUUCAGCGUGCCCACCAAGACGGAGACGCGGGGCAGCGCGGUGGGCCGCAGCUCAGUGCAGCAGUACGGGGCCGCCCAGUCUCCCCACUCACCCGUCAACGGCUACAGCGGCUCCACCACACACGACUCCCUGCUGGACACUUCCCUCAGUACCAACAAUGACGAACUGCCCUAUCACGCCCGCAGCGACAGCAAGCCCUUCAGUUAUGGCGCCGUCACCUCAUCCCCCCUGCUGGGCCGCCGCCGCACCACCUCCGAGGGCGGCGACGGGUCCCAGGCGCCGCCCUCGCCCUCCAUUCACCGUCGCAACUCCCGGGAGACCCUGGGGCAGGCCCGGGCGGGACUGGAAUCUCCCAGGCUGGUGCGGCGCAUGUCAGGCACCGUGGGGGGCAUCCCUGGUGACCCGUCAGUGUGCAGCAGGCGCUCACCGUCCAGGUCACCGUCACCAGAGCCUGGGAGCCGAGGCGGCACCCUGCAGCGGCAGCGCUCACACACCCUCACCACCCGUAUCAUGUCCACCGGGGACAGCACGCCCACCUCCACCCUUACUCGCUCCGAGCACGCCAAGUCCGCUUCCAGACUUGACGACUCGCUGGACUUCUCCACCCUCGACCACCACAGUCGCAGUCUGAGCAGCUCAGGCACCAACAACCUGUCAUGGCUUCAGAUGCAGCAACGCAAACUCGCCGAAAGGAGAGAGGCAAAAUACAGAGCCGAAAGAGGCCCCCAGGAGGCCCGCAUGUUGUCCGAACUCCGCACCCGCAUGACACAGCAGCAGCACCGGUCAGCCACCACCACCUCGAAGGAGUUCGAAGACGGCUACGUGAGUGACACCACCAUGCGCUCCGAAACAUCGCGAGAGUCAUCCCCCGUGAAGACAAUGGCCCCCCUCACUAUCAACACAGGGGUUUCUUCCACCACCACCCCACAGAAGCCUCCCAUCGCCCACUCCACCCCAGCCCGAGGAAACUCCGCACCUUCCUCUCCCAUCCUGCCUACCAGGUCAGCCUCACGGGAACGCAUGUACAGGAACAACGUGAGCAGCACCAGCAGCCAGAGAAGUCUUCCCAGAAAGUACUCCGACAUGUCCGACAAGGAGAGGCCCUUCGUGGCGGUGCGGAGGGCACACGAGAAUGCCAAGGCGGGUGAUAGCAUGGACUCAUCCUCAGCUCUUAGUCAGCUUCAGACAUCCCCUCUUGGACACAUCAAUUACUCAUCCUACUCAUCAUCUUCCCAGGCUGACGGUCUGCUCACCACAGUCAUAUCGUCCUCAAACCAGGAGGGACUGGACUCACUUGAUGCCCUGAGUGCCACCUUGGCCAGUCUGGGCACCCCUACUCACCCCCCUACUACCUCACCGCCCAACCCCAUAAGCAGCACCACCACCACCACCACCAUCACCACCACUGCUGUCACCACUUCUGCUGGGUCACAAUCAGUUCAGAUGGCUCAAACAUCUCAGAGCCGAGAAGAGAGUACCUGGCAGAGUGACACUGAGAGCAGCAUUGGUGGCACUCGUCCUAUCACCCCAGGCUUCCCUCCCGCCACCCCCACAACACCAUACCUCAACCAGGGACUGCCCCCAAAGAGCCCCACCAUGCAGCGAAGAGCUCACCUUGGCCUCUCCUCUCUCUCGACCAGACCUCCCGUCAAAAAGUCUGCAUCACUUCCCAGCAAGGAAAUGGGGAUGAGAAGCCCCUCCCCCGCCACCUCCCAGGCCCUUCGACAGGAGCUCAAUGGCCACUCCAGCCCUGCUCCCUCCCUCUACCAUGGACAGUCCCGCCGCUCCUCCCUCACCUCCCUCAACGAGUCCACAGAGGUCAUAUCAUCUCACCCAAAGUUUGUGAAAGACAUCUCCAAGUUCUGGUACAAACCCACCAUCACCAGGGAUGAAGCUAUCUCCAUGCUGAGAGACAAGGCACCUGGCACAUUCGUUGUCCGAGACUCCAACUCCUUCCCCGGAGCCUUUGGUCUUGCCCUCAAAGUGUCCACCCCACCACCGAAUGUAGCCAGCAAGUCCAGUGACCCAGCCAACGAGCUGGUGCGCCACUUCCUGAUUGAGCCGACCUCCCGGGGUGUGCGACUCAAGGGCUGUGCCAAUGAGCCAGUGUUUGGUUCCCUCUCAGCACUGGUGUACCAACACUCCAUCACGGCACUGGCCCUCCCCUGCCGCCUCAUGCUGCCAGAGAGAGACCCAGCAGGUGGAUCAGACACUGUUGACAGUGGUGCUGGCACCAGCAGCACCACCAGCUCUGCCUCUCAGUUGCUGCAGCAGGGAGCCGCCUGUAAUGUCAUGUACCUGCACACAGCGGACACGGAAAGCCUGACAGGUCCCCAGGCCGUCAAGAGAGCUGUGAAUGUCAUGCUAGCAUCAAAAAUAACCCCCACAGUGGUGCACUUCAAGGUGUCUGCACAAGGCAUCACCCUCACUGACAAUGAGAGAAAGCUGUUCUUCCGCCGCCACUACCCGGUGAACACCAUCUCCCACUGCGGUGUGGACCCGGAGGACAGGCGGUGGACACACAAGAGUGAGGAGGGCACCACACUGGGAUCCCUGCGAAUAUUUGGAUUUGUGGCCAAGAAGGGAGCCAGCAGAACAGAGAACCAGUGCCACGUCCUGGCUGAGCUGGAACCUGAGCAGCCUGCGACAGCAAUCUGCAACUUUGUGACCAAAGUUAUGAUGACCAGCGUGAGCCGACCCAACCUAGUGUAGCCUCACAGGUGACAAGUGGUGGCAUGGCCUCGCUGCUGCAUUGCCCCACAGACAUACUGUUCACCAAGUCCCGUGUGGCAAAGUGUACUGAACUGAGGCUAGAUGGGAGCUUUCCUAGUGAGUGCGAGAAUAGGUUGUAAAUAUCCUAAUUUUAACUAAAUUAUGUAUCAAACAUGUUAAGAUGCAGAGUUGGAUCAGAGGCUGUUUUUUCCUUUGAUUUACUGUGCACUUCUCUAUGAAAAUAGAGACUGUUAUGUACUAGAUUAAUUUGAAGAAAUACAAUUCCUAAUUAUCAAAGAUGUAUUCAGGGAGCAUUAUUUAUUACCUAAAGAGCAUAGUAGUGAUCAAUAUCAGAAUUUCACAUAAGAAUAGGUCAAAUGGGUACCAGUAAUGUGAUAAUAUUAUGCAAGGAUUCACAGGAUUAGAGUGUUCAUUGCCCCCUUAAGGGAUAGCCUCUAGCUGGGUAUAGUCUGGUAAUCAAAGUACACAAGUGAACUUUUCUAGGAAACUUGAUCUUGUUAUAACACUAAGAACCCCUUGAGGACUGCUAAGUCAUUCGGCAGAAAGGUUUCAUUCGUGUUGUGUGAUUUUCUAUCUGCACAUGUAAAUAUCAUUGUGACUCAUUUUCACACAUUUCAUGUGUUUAAUAAUCAAAUGAAUCUUGUCUCAUUGUUUUGCUUUAAAUGUGUUUUGCAGAGAUUCUAUUACUGCCUGCCAAAGGUUAUACUUCAGUACUUGGCAAGUGUUGAUAUGUGAGCCACUUCAUAUUUUAUUAAUGUGUGAAAAUUUCUUUUUGUAGUAUAUGCAAUAAUGAUCAUUAAGUCAUGCUUUUAUUAUGCACUUCAGAAUCAGUAUGCAAGUAAUCAAUGCUCUGAAAAAAAUUAAAAUGUUAAUUAACACAUUUGCAAAUAAGUGUAUUAUUUGUAUUUAAUGUAAAUCUACAGCUGUAGCAUGCAUAAACCUAAGGCUGACUCACCCUGUGGACUGUGACUGUAAAAAUUUUUGUAUCUAGAGACUGAUCUAUAGCAUUCUCUUCUUUGUAUUGGCAGCCAUACACACGCACAUGCACACGCACACGCACACGCACACACGCACACACACACACACACACACACACACACACACACACACACACACACACACACACACAUACACACACACAGGUGAGGUUGGACAGCCAUUUUCCCAGGCAUCUUUUAAGUGUUUUGUACAUAAUGUCCAUAUGUUUGAGAGAUAGUAAAAUGAAACUUUUGCUAGUUUUUAAUAUUGUAAAUCAUACUUCCUUACUAUAACUUCCACCUCCUGGAUGAAAAGACAUUUAAGUAGCACAAUAAUAGAAUGUUAUGAAAGAUUUAUAAAAGCCAUACAAUGUUCAUAGCGAUAGCAUUUGUAUACCAGUUGUUGUGGUACAUUAUUAUUCACUAUGACCAGUGCUAUGUUCAUUACUACCUACUUGCCAGGUGAGAGAGAGAGAGAGAGAGAGAGAGAGAGCGAGUCAUCAAGUAAUAAGGAAGCAGUUUGUUCCUUUAACACAUGUAAGGUGCUUCUUAACUCAUGCAAAUGACCAUUUCAAGCUUCUUCCAGAAAUAAAGAACAACUUCAA